AUGAUGAAUUUAGAAGGUAAUUUCCAAUUCCUCUGCCCUAUUUGUGAAAUGCCAUACCCCUCUCAAGCUGAUGUAAUGACCCACAUGAAAUUCCACGGAGGCCAAGAAUACCUCUGUGUUGUCUGUGACAGAUAUUUUGAAGGCAAACAUGAGCUUUCUCAUCAUUUGAGAAUCCACCCUGCCUGUUUUUAUUGCAAAACAAAAGUAUUUGACCAUAACGAAUAUGCAAAGCAUACCCUAGAGCACCACCUUGACCUUAUAAUGCAAGACGGAAGAGUAUGCUUUGAUACCAAUUAUACAGGGAAAAAAAAGACUAGGUGUAGGAUCUGUGCAAGAGUUUUUCCUCAUAGGCUUUAUGCUUUGCUUCAUGCCAGAUUUGCUCAUAUGCUGGCAGCCAGACUAAUUUAA